AUGAGCAAGCUGAUGAAGGGAGGGUUGGAGGGAGAGGAGCAACGCCUCCACCGCAUUCGGAUUACGCUGACGUCGAAAGAUCUCAAGUCGAUCGAGAGAGUGUGCACCGAGCUGAUCACCGGCGCCAAGGAGAAGAACCUCCAGGUCGCAGGCCCCGUCCGUCUCCCAGUCAAGACCCUCCGAAUCACCACCAGAAAGUCCCCGUGCGGAGAGGGUACCAACACCUGGGACCGCUUCGAGAUGCGCAUCUACAAGCGCCUGAUCGACCUGCACUCCCCCAGCGACGUUGUGAAGCAGAUCACGUCCAUCAACAUCGACCCCGGUGUCGAGGUCGAGGUCACCAUCAUCGACAUGUAA